AUGAAGCGGUUCAUGGCCAUGCUGAAUAGGCAUAAAAACAAGGAUCUUCCACCAGCCAAACUGCUGGAUCUAGCAGGACAGCUUUGCCAGGACUUCCAGAGCUCAUCUCCCACCCUGGAGAAGCUGGUUGGGGCCAUUAUGGCAUGCAAACACAAGGCACAUUUUCUCACCAACAUUCACAUAGUCCGAGCUUGCGUGUUGGUUCAUAUCCGUAAAGGACAGCAUGACACAGCCUGCAGACUCCUGGAGUGUUGCAGGGCAGAAGAAAAAGAGGAGCUGGUACAACUUUGGCAUGAGAUUCACUACCAGCAGGUUAUGGAGAAGCACCGCACGGACUUUCUCACCCCCCUGCAGAAGUUCCGCUGCAGGAAGAGGAAUCCUCCGCCUGUUUCCCUUUGUCCUGAAGGUCUGAAGAAUCGAAACUAUCCAAAUAAAGUCCGCCAGGAACUGCACAGGUUUGCAGCAGAGGUGACGACAAAUCCAAACAAGGAACAGCGGGAGGGAUUGGCUCAGGACAUGAAUCUGCAGCCAACUCAGGUCUAUAACUGGUUUGCAAAUUAUCGACGUCGUCAAAAAUCCCGGCUUGCUUGCGUGGAAAAGCUCACCAGCUCAUGCCCUGAGAAGGCUUUAACUCAUCAUGCACAGGAGCAGCAGGACAGAGGAGCCUGCACUCCACAAACUACAGCUUUAUGCAGAGCACUGGGCUGUAUGAAGCAAGGACAAGCAAGGCUUUGCUGACCACUCAUAAUACUGAACUACCUGUAGCUUUUUGCACUGAGGCUGUGCUGGAACCGGGAACCUGCUUUAGCUCUGCUGUCCUGCAGACCAGAGAAGCACCAAGCAGUUCUGAUGUCAGCCCACGGCUGGAUAACUUUGUCCUGUGCUCUUGUGGAUCACUUACCUUCCCUGGCGAACAGCUGGCCAUGUGGCAGGCCCCUUCCAGUGCCAGAGCAGCCUCUGGCUCCAUGUGGACCCCAAGUAUAGAAGUUCCUGUCAAACUGUGUUUAGCAAACCUCAGUGCCCACCUGUUUCGGCACCGUGCAUGGAAGGAAGCCAAGCCCUGGGACAAAGCCAGGUACUGGAGGAUCCUGUUGAUGACCCAUCAACCAAUGAUACAUUCUGGGCAGCAUGGCUGCUCUUUGAAUUCUCAGCUGGAGGACGAAUGUGACCUGCCUGCAGAGAAACUAAAUGCGGUCUGCA